AUGAUAAGGGCUAAGGAACAUUUAACACCCGAAGGUCUAGCUAAAAUCCAAGAGCUACACGCUCAAAUGAACCUCAAGAGAGACCGAUCUACAAAAGGGUUCCAUGGUACCAUAGAAAUCACAGAUCAAUGGCUACAAGGAUUCGUUGAAGCUGAAGGGUCAUUUUAUAUAUCUGUUACCCCUAAUAAAACCAGCGCACUAGGGUACAGGGUAGUUGCUACCUUCUCAAUUUCUCAAACGGAAUGCGAAAAACCGGUGCUAGAGGCCAUACAGAAACAUCUAGGUUGUGGGUUCAUAAAAACUAAACCGGUAACCACCCCAGGUGGCCGGCCAGUUUGCGAAUUCAAGGGUAGUUCAGGAUUAUCCCCAGAGGCUCAACGGGAAGCACCUUUAUUUUGGGUUAGAUUCCAAAUGAGAAAAAUAGCUCUGGAGAGCCUAAUUAAGCGUAAUGGCAUAAGCACGCUUGACAUGUUCAUCGAUCAACGAAUUAAAGCUACUCCCUUAGAGUGGCCUGACUUUGGCGAACACUGGAUUCCCUUCGCCAAGUACAUGAACUCUACUGUAUGCGGGGAAGCCCUAGGGAUAGCAAUCCGCCGACUGGCGGGCUGGAUUCCCUUCCGCGGUAGUGUCAAGUUUUCACUGACAAACACAAAGCUUUGUCGUACCGCCGCCGUCGGAUCAAUCGUCCGACUCGACACAAGGGCAAUCCGCAGUCAUAACAGCAAAGCUCUCCGAGAAUACAAAGCAAGCUUAGGUCCUUUAUCUAAAAUCCAGUCCGAAGUUCUCACAGGUUUAAUAUUAGGAGACUCCAGCAUACAGACUCAGAAUAAAGGUAAAACAUAUCGGGAGUGGAUCUUAACUGAGCCUAAACCGAGGGUUCGAACUAAUAUCAAUCAAAACGAAGUUACCACAUGGUGGUUUCAGACUAUUAGCCAUGAAGCUUUUAAUCCCUUCGCUGAGCGCCAUCUGAAUUCUAACGAGGAUUGGCUUAUUGGUGACGACGGCGGAAAACUUGACUAUUCAUCUAAUGAGGGUAAGGCCCUCGUAUUAAAUACUCAGUCUUUUACCGAAGAGGAGGUUCAGCAAAUGGGUUUAGAGCUUCACG